AUGGCCACCAUGUGGUCUGAAGGCUCCCCCGGCACCCACCCUGCGGAAGCUGAGCAGACCCACAAGCAGCUCCCCACGCCGCCCCUCCGCCUGGUCUUUGGCAGACGGAUCGGGCCCCUUCCUGAGGUCGCCUUCCCCCAGCGUCUGAGCCUGCGGGCCACCCAGCGGGGGCCUGGCCAAGGCCGGGAACCUGGCUUCCCUGCUUCCCAGAGCACGGAUCUGCGCUGUGGCCCCCUGGCUGCCGUCGGAGCCGGCCCCGAAGCUCCCGCCGCCGCCGCCGCCGCCACCACCGGGGUGUCGCCAUGCCCGCCUGCGCCGGCCAUGGAGCCUGCUGGGAGCCUUCUGCAGGGCAAGCCCUUCUACUGCCGGGAAUGGGCGCUGGGCCGGCUGGCCCUCAGCCUGGAGGGGGGCGGGGGGGUGCUGGUGACGGGGGGCCCAGGCAGCGGCAAGACUGCCCUGUGCACCGAGGCGCUGUGGCCCGUCUCCGAAGCCGGCUGCCGGGUGCAGCUGGGCAAGAGUGCCCUGGCCUGGCACUUCUGCCAGCCGCACGAUGCCAGCACCUGCUCCCCCCGCGGCUUCCUGCUCCGGCUGGUGCGGCAGAUCGAGCGGUGCCCCCUGCUGCCUGGGUACCGUGAGCGGCUGGGCCGGGUGGGCGCCCUCCAAGCCCUGGAGACGGCCGAGCUCAAGAACGAUCCGGACGAAGCCUUCCGCAGGGCUGUGCUGCUCCCCUUGCUGGACCUGGCGCCCCCCUCGAAGCCGCUCCUGAUGAUCGUGGACGGGCUGGACGCCGGCCGGAGCAGCCGGGAGGAGGAGAGGGUCCCCCCACCCGGCCCCAGCCAGACCCUGGCCCAGCUCCUGGGGAGCCACCUCCAGCUGCUGCCCCCCUGGCUGCUCCUGGUGUGCACGGCGCGCUCCCACAGCAAGGGGGUGCUGCGCCUCUUCCCAGGAUUCCGGCGCCUGUGCUUGGACGACCUGCGGCAGGAGCACGUGGUCUCCGACGUGCAGCAGUACAUCCUGGCGCGGCUGGACGGGGAGCAGGCGCUGCGGCGGUGCCUGGCGCGGGACGCGGCCGAGGCCCUGGGCCAGCUGCACGUCAAGAGUGACGGCUGCCUGCUGUACCUGGAGCGCGUGCUGGACGGCGUGGCCGCGGAGCUGCUGGCCCUGCGCGAGGUGCGCCACAUCCCCGGCACCCUGCACGGGCUCUACCUCUGGCUGUGCCAGCGCCUCUUCCCCGGCGACGCCUUCGCCGGCGUGCGCCCGCUGCUGGAGGCCCUCCUGGCGGCCCCGCAGCCCCUGCGGCCGGCAGACCUCUUCGCGGCCCUCUGCACGCGCGGCCCGCUGCCCUGGCGGGACUUCGAGGGGCGGCUGGCCGCCCUGGCCGCGCUGCUGCGCCCGGGCCCCGGGGGCACCUGCCUGCUCUUCCACGCCAGCUUUGCCGACUGGCUGUGCGACGUCAAGCACUGCACCCCGCGCUUCCUCUGCCGGCCGGCCCGGGGGCACGCGCUGCUGGCCAUGCGUGCCUCCCGCCAGGCGGCCGCCCUGGGGCCCGAGCAGGUCUGCCAGCUGGCCUGCCACCUGCUACACGCAGAGCUGGCGCUGGAGCCGUGGCAGCUGGCCCUGUGGCUUGUGUGGAGCGGGGCGCCGGUGGAGCGCUGCCUGGAGGCGGAGGAGAUGCUGCGGCCCCUGGAGCCGCCGGCGCUGGAGCUCCUGGUGCUGGCUGGGGCCCGCCUGGGCGACCGGGGCCCGGGGCCCUCGCUGCAGCACGCCCUGGAGCACCAGGACUCGGUCCGGCUGCUGCUGGAGAACGGCGCCAGCGUCAACCAGCGGGACGGGAACGGGCGCACGUUGCUGGCCAGCGUGGCCCACAGCGGCAACCACGAGGUGGCGGGGCUCCUCCUGGCGCGUGGGGCGCAGACCGAGGUCCAGGACCGGCACGGGCAGACGCCCCUGACGCUGGCGGCCCGCCAAGGACACGCGCGGGUUCUGCUGUGCCUGCUGGCCCACGGGGCCGGCGUGGACUGCCCAGACCGCGACGGCUGGACCGCGCUGCGGGCCGCGGCCUGGGGGGGGCACAGCGAAGCCGUGGGGGUCCUGCUGCGUGCGGGAGCCAGCGUGGACUGUGCCGACACCGAGGGGCGGACUGCCCUGCGAGCGGCGGCCUGGGGCGGCCACCGGGACAUCGUGGCCACGCUCCUGGAGCACGGGGCGGACAUCAACCGGGCGGACACCGAGGGGCGCACGGCACUCAUAGCCGCGGCCUACAUGGGCCAUCGCGAGAUCGUGGCGCUGCUCCUGGCUCACGGGGCACAUGUGGACCACGUGGACGUGGAUGGGCGCACGGCCCUCUCCGUGGCCGCCCUGUGUGUCCCUGCCAGCCGCGGCUAUGCAGAGGUGGUCGAGCUGCUCCUGGAUUACGGGGCCUCUCCGGGGCACGCGGACCGGGACGGCAUGACCCCGCUGCUGGUGGCGGCCUACGAGGGCCACGCGGACGUGGUGGAGCUGCUGCUGGAGGCCGGGGCCAGCGUGGAUGAGGCGGACGGCGCGGGCCGCUCGCCCCUGCUGGCCGCCGCCUCCAUGGGCCACCGGGCGGCGGUGGGCAGCCUGCUGCUCUGGGGCGCGGCCGUCGACGUGCUGGAUGGCGAGGGCCGCUCGGCGCUGGGCGUGGCCGCCGGGCAGGGCAGCGAGGCGGUGGUCCGGGCCCUGCUGGAGAGGGGCCUGGACGCCAACCACCGGGACGUGAUGGGCUGGACCCCGCUGCACCUGGCCGCCUGGCAGGGCCACCCGAAGGCCUGCGCCGCCCUGCUGGAGGCCGGGGCCCGGGUGGGCGAGCCGAACCGGGACGGGCGCGUCCCCCUGAUGCUGGCCGCCCAGGAGGGCCACGCGGCCCUCGUGCAGCUGCUCCUGGAGCACGGCUCCCCCGUCGACCACCGGGGCUACGACGGGCUCUCCGCCCUCGCCCUGGCCGCGCUUGGCCGGCACCGCACGGCCGCCGAGCUGCUCCUGCACGGGGGGGCGGAGGUGAACCCGUGCGACGCCGAGGGCCGCCCCCUGCUCUGCCUGCUGGCGCUGGAGGCGCGGGUGGGCAUGGCCGAGCUGCUGCUGCGGAGCGGGGCCGGCCUGGAGGGGCGGGACGCCCAGGGGCGCACGGCACUGCAUGCCGCCUGCUGGCAGGGCCAGGUGGAGGCCGCCCGGCUGCUGCUGCGCCACGGGGCGGACGCCAAUGCCCUGGAUGGGGAGCGCCGCUCGCCCCUGCACCUGGCUGCCUGGCGGGGCCACCCCUGGGUCGCGCGGCUCCUGCUGGAGGACGGGGCCCGGCCCAACCACGCCUGCCGCCAGGGGGCCACGGCCCUGGGCAUUGCCGCACAGGAGGGGCACGCGGAGGUGGUGCGGGUCCUGCUGGCGCACGGGGCCAGCCCGCACGUGGUGGACCGGGCCGGGCGCACCCCCUGGCGCAUGGCGUCCCGACGGGGCCACCAGGCCGUGCUGCGGCUGCUGGAGCGCUCUGGGACCGCCUUGCCCCCCACUGCCCCCGCCUCGCCCCCGCUGGGCUCCUCCAGCAGCUCUGGCGGCAGCCCGGCUCCCCCUGGCCAGCCAGGCAGCUCUCCCUCGGCCUCGCUGGGCUCAGCGGGUGAGCAGAGCUUGUGCCACGUUUCACAGCGCUCCUCGCAGGUCUCUGGUUCGACCUCCCACUCCCAGGCCACGGCCCACACGGUCCCCAUGGACAGCCUCAGCUGCUCGGGACUCCCCCCGCAGCCCCCGGCUGCCCCCUCCCCAGGCUGCCCCACCGGCCUGGCGGAGAAGCCCAGUGGGCAGCUGGGCGGCCCCCUGAUCUCGGUCAACACCCUGGACCCCCACCUCCACCUGAAGGCCGCCAUUAAGCUCCGGUUUGAGGGCCCCACCAGUGGCUUUGAGUACAAGCGGGAGACUCCGCUCUGA